UCAGUUAGACGAAGGCCGACAAAUAGUCAGCACGCGAUCGCGACGACCUGUGCCGGCUAGCUGUACCGUAAUCUGUAUACAUCGACGCGCGACGGUUCUACACAAUAAUAUCGUAUUCAUGCACACGAGGGGGAGGGUUGUGCAGAAGGACAAAUAUAAUUAAACCAAAAUGAGUGACGACGAAGAUUUACCGACAAGUAAACUAAAAAACGAUGGACUUAAAGAUCCCGAAUCAGGCUAUCCGAAAUCGUUCAAAAACAAAAUGGAAAGCCGAAGAACCUUCUACAUAGUUUUAACAUUACUAAUAUUCAUAUUUGCAGUGCUCAUAAUAGCUGUUUUCGGAUUAUCAUUUGCCUACCUAACAAAGACAGAAGACCAAAACAAAAGAAUAUGUACAACCGAAGACUGCUUAAGAUCUGCUACGUCAUUAGUUGAGUCAAUGAAUAAAUCUGUAGAUCCAUGCGAAGAUUUUUAUCAAUUUGCCUGUGGAAACUUCGCCAAAUCGCAUAAAAUACCAAAAACAGCUGUUUCAAAUGAUCGGUUUGCUGAAGUACACGCUGUAAUGUUAGUACUUAUAAGAGAUUUUAUGGAAAAAGAAGAUAAUGACGAUGAUCCAUAUUCUGUAUCACAGUCCCGACUUUUGUAUCGUUCUUGCAUGGCAACAGAUGAAAUGAACGCAGUUGGUAUCAAACAAUUGAUUCAAGUUUUAGAAAAAAUUGGAUUGCCGUACAUGGGGCAUUCUACUAGAAUGAAAUCUUCUAGUUUAUCGUCAAUUUUAGCAAAAUUAAAAAAACAAAUUAACUUAGACUUUUUAUUUGUAACAACUGUCGAGGCAGAUACAAAAAAUCGGACAAUUAAUCGAAUUAGUUUGGGUAAACCAAGAGAUAUAAAUAUAUUUCCAGUUCACAAAAUAACGAAUAAUAUUAAAAAAAUGAGUUCAAGAAAAAUGCGUGAAACAUUAGCAUCUGAAGAAGAAGUAGGCAACUCAAAUGAUAGUGAAGAAUAUUCGGAUGAAAUUGAUUACAUAAAAUCCUAUGCAAAAUAUUUUAAAAGCGUUUGGAUGGAGAUUUAUAAAUCGAAAUCAAAUAAUUUUAAUCCUAAUUUACACAAUUUUGGAAUUAAAGUAUCACAAAUAUUAAAUUUCAUUAAUGAACAUUCAAAAAUAAAAGAUAAAAUAUAUGAGGGAGAUGAAGAACUACCAUCACUUAUGACUGUUAAGGAAUUACAAAAUUUUACUGAUGAUAUUACACAUAAUUUCACUAAAACAAACGAGCAAAUUAUUGAUUGGAAGCAAUACUUUACAAUUCUAUUUAUGGAUGUGGAAAAUAUAACACUGGAUUUCGAAACUGACUUGAUUCAAAUAUCUAAUAUUGAAUAUUUUAAAGCUCUAUUCGAAUUAAUUAGUAAUCAUAAAAACCAUGCUAUCAUAAAUAUAUGGUGGGAAGUAGUUGUUACUCUUUUGCCAUAUACUACAAAUGAGAUGCGAUUUAUACAAGAUAGAUACUACUAUGAAACAACCGGGUUAGAAAAUAAUCCUUCGAGAUCAAUUUAUUGUGCAAAUGCAGUAAACUCAAUGAUGGGAUUGGCUGUUUCGCGUUUAUUAGUAGAUAUGGAAUCAAUAUAUAAUAACACCAGAAUGGCGGCUGAAAUGAUUGAAAAUAUUCAUUGGGCGUUUGAAAAAAUAGUGAAAGAGUUAAAUUGGAUGGAUGAUACGACCAAAAAAAGAACACUUUACAAGGCAGAGCAGAUGAGAACAUUUAUUGGCUUUCCUGAUUUCAUAGAUAUUCCACAACAACUUGAUGACUAUUAUUAUGAUUUUGAAAUAAUAGAAAAUGACUAUUUUGGGAACGUCAUACGUUAUGUUCAACGAGAAUUGAACGAAUCUUUGAUAGGACUUAGACAAUUAAACGAUUAUACUAUAAACUCUUGGGCAUCAGAUCCUUUAGAAGUAAAUGCAUACAAUUGGAUCCAAGCAAAUGCAAUAACUGUUCCAGCCGGUAUACUACAAUUUCCUUUCUUCGGACAUGAUUUGCAGAUGCUCAACUAUGGUUUUCUUGGCUCAAUACUGGGACAUGAAUUGACACAUGGUUUUGACAAUACUGGUCGAAAAUUUGAUCACGACGGAAAUCAAAAUAUGUGGUGGACUAAUCAAACUAUCGCUGAGUAUGAAAAACGUUCUGAUUGUUUCAUUCAUCAUUAUGAAUCUUAUUUAGUACCUGAAAUCGAAGAAAAGAUAAGUGGUAAAUUAACAUUGGAUGAAAAUAUUGCUGAUAAUGGUGGAUUGAGAGAAGCACUAUUGGCUUAUAGGAAAUUUGUAAAUGAUAACGGCGAAGAACCUAAGCUACCUGGAUUUGAGCAGUACAGUAAUGAACAAAUGUAUUACUUAGCUUUUGCAAAUAACUGGUGUGAAGCAACAACACGUGAAUCAUUAUCGAACAGUAUAUUAGAUGAGCACAGUCCAAAUAGCAUACGAGUAACUGCAGGACUAACCAAUUCAGAUGAAUUUAGUGAAGUAUGGAAAUGUGAAAAGGGUUCAAGAAUGAAUCCAAAAACUGAAAAAUGUAAAAUAUGGUAAUUGUUAAAAACAUUUAAUUGUCUUUAUUUAUUAUUUUACUAUAAACAUUAAUGUCUUAAUAAAAAUUAAUUACCUAUAUAUUAUUAUUAUAUAAAUAUAAGCUUUAAUGCCAUUAGGACACUGUUGUUACCAAAUAAUGUGAUUUGUAUGAAAGUAUUUUGUUAAGUCAUUAUAUUUUAAAUAUUUUUUUAUUAAUUGCUUAGCUUUAAAAGAUACUUAUGAUUAUCUACUUACUAAUCUUUAUUAUGAAUGCAUAUUGUGAUAACUGAUAACUAACAGAGAUUUUA